AUGAAUGAGUCGUUUGAGGACACGCAACUCUUUUCCAAUGACGACAAGAAUUUCCCUCAGUACCAGACUGGAUUCUUUCACAACGUCCUCCACAAUGUUCCACUGUGGUGUGUCUGGUUCCACGCCGUUAUUGUGUCCGGUGGUGUGCAUAUUGUGCUGCUCAACAGCCGUCAGCUGUUCGUGGCGGUUUCCGAAGACCCGGAGAGCGAACAGCUUCCCGCCCUGUACGUCGCCCUGACGAGCGUCGGUAACGCCGUUGGUCGUCUCAGUGUCAGCUUCUUCGAGGCAUGGAAUGCAGGACGACCACUCGAGAAGAGAACGCCCGUUACUAUCACGUACUGUGCCCCCUCUCUUUUAAUGUGCCUCGCCAGCAUCUUCUUCCUUGUUGUGCCUGCGAAGGCACUGAUCCUUCCAAUGCUUCUUGGGGGUUUGGCGAACGGUGCAUAUGCUGCCGCCCUCGUGUUGACUGUCCGUACCAUUUUCAGCAUUGACGUUGCGAAGCACUACAACAGCAUCUUCUUCUUCGACUUCGUUGGUGUCGUUGUUUUCAACCGAUUUAUGUUUGGUGAAGUGAUGACGCGCAAUUCUGUUCGGACUGCGGACGGAAAGUACCAUUGUCUGGGACGCGACAAGUGCCUGCGGAUACCAUUCCUUGUGCUUGCCUGCCUCUGCGCAUGUGCCUUUGCGGCCACAGUGACGAUGCAUUUUGUUUACAUGCGCUUCGUCCGUGCCAGACGUGAGGAGCACGCGGAGGAACGGAAUGAGCAAUUGGAUGUAGGCGUGGCCGCCCCUGGGGGAGUGUAG